AUGAACCCAAGAAAACACCUUGUUUUCUUGAUCAUUUUCACCUUCAAUCUCGCAGUUGACCCAUCAAUGGCGUCUUCACACAACACCACCAUCGAAUUCCAAUCUUUCCCUCCCCAAAACUUCACCCUCCUCGGUGAGUCCUACCUCCGUCAUGGCGUCGCCGGACUCACUCUCGAGUCCAACUUACUCGCAUCCUCCUCCGGCACUAUCAUGUACACCACACCAGUCCGUUUCUCCAGCAACCGCACCAACUCCUCCGCUUCAUUCUCCACAAGAUUCUCCUUCUCCAUUGUAAACCUCAACCCUUUAUCCCCAGUCGGCGACGGACUCACCUUCUUCAUCUCGCCGGAAAACCGCACUCUCGGGUCCCCCGGCGGCUACUUGGGUCUUGUGGAUUCGUCACGAUUAACUAAAAACAAAUUCAUCGCAAUCGAAUACGACACCCGGCUUGACCCACACUUCAAUGACCCAAAUAAUAACCAUGUCGGGUUAGAUAUCGAUAGCUUGAAUUCGAUCAAAACAGCAGAUUGCAUGGAUGCUGGAAUCGAUUUAAGAACUGGGAUUUCCUUCACUUCAUGGAUUGAUUACGAUCACGGUCAAAAGAAUCUCAAGGUGUUCUUGACGCGUUCACGUUUCAAACCCAAUAACCCGCUUUUAAACAUGGAUAUCGAUCUUUCCAGCUAUUUUCAAGAACAUAUGUAUUUGGGGUUUUCAGCAUCAACCGAAGGAAGCACAGAGACCCAUUUGAUCAAACACUGGAAGUUCAAAUCGUAUGGGGUCGAAUACUUCAAUCCAAGAAUCAACAACCCACACAAUGUUACAGAUAACACCAUCUUCACGAGCCCUCUGAUUGGGUUCCGGGUUGAUUCUCACAUCAAACAGUAUCGUAAAUUGAUCCAAUUAGGUCUUGAAGUUUCCGGCACGGUCUUCGUAUUCGCGAUUCUUGCUCUCUUCGGGUACAUUUCGGUGAAGAAAUGGAGGGAAAUUAAAACAGAGAUUAACAUAAAAUCAGAGGUAACACGAAACCCAAGGCAAUUUAGUUACAGAGAGCUCAAGAUCGCCACUAAUGACUUCCAUCCAAGUCGCAUCAUCGGAAGUGGCUCAUUCGGCACAGUUUACAAAGCGUUUAUGCUAUCGUCGGGAACCACCGCAGCUGUGAAAAGAUCUACAAGUUCCUGCGACGCCAAAACGGAAUUCUUCGCUGAAUUAUCAGUAAUCGCUUGCUUAAGACACAAAAAUCUUGUUCCUCUACAAGGAUAUUGCAUCGAAAAGGGCGAAUUGUUACUCGUUUACGAGCUCAUGCCUUACGGAAGCAUCGACAAUGUGUUGUAUCAAGACACCCACCACUGGGGUUUCUUAAAAUGGCACCAACGAUACAAUAUCGCAAUCGGGUUAGCCUCAGCCUUAGCUUAUCUUCAUCAAGAAUGUGAUAAACUGGUGAUCCACAGAGACAUAAAAUCGAGUAAUGUCAUGUUGGAUGCUAACUUCAAUGCCCGAUUAGGCGAUUUCGGGUUAGCUCGGUUGAUUGAGCACGAUAAAAGCCCUAUUUCGACUCUUACAGCUGGAACUGUCGGCUAUUUGGCUCCUGAGUAUCUUCAUUAUGGAAAAGCUACUGAUAAAACAGACGUUUACAGCUACGGCGUGGUGGUGCUGGAGGUUUGCUGUGGGCGGAGGCCGAUUGAGAAGGAAAGUGAUGGUGAUGAUAUGGUGAAUUUGGUGGAUUGGGUGUGGGAGAUGUACACGAAAAAUCAGAUCUUGGAAGCCAUUGAUAAGCGGCUUAUUGGGCAGUUUGAUGAAGAAGAAGGUAAGAGGCUUUUGAUGGUGGGGUUGAGCUGUGCGAACCCUGUUAGUGAAAUGAGGCCGUCCAUGAGGCGGGUGUUGCAGAUACUGAACCAUGAAGUUGAUGAGAUGGUGAUCCCCAAAUUCAAACCUAAGUUGAGUUUUUCAAAUAGUCUACCGAUGAGUCUUGAUGAUAUUGUGUCUAGUUUGGACGGAGAUGAAGUCGAAGAAGAAGAAGAAGAAGAACAAGAGGAGGAAGAAGAAGAAGAAGAAGAUGGUGGUGGCGGUGGUUGUAAGACGCCUGAUAGAAGUAAAACGCCAUGUGAGAUGCAGGAUAGAGCUUGUAAGACGCCUGAUACAGAUCUUGAUAGUCCAUUCGAGAUAUGUAUCGAUGGGUCUCAAGUUUAG